GAUCUAGAUCUUCAACCGCUAUCGACAGCUCACGUCAAUACAAAAUCCUUACACACACACACAGCAGACGACUCCUCAACAUCAUUCACCAUGGCGAACCCGCUCGACACCGACGCCGGCUCUGAGCUCUUCAGCAACUACGAAGCGGAACUCAAGCUAGUACAAGCAGACCUAUCACAGAAACUCGAUCAGAUUCCUGAGCUGUCCGGCGAACAGCGAAAGGCAGCUGUUUCGCAGGCAGAUCGCGCGCUUGAGGAGGCCAAGGAGCUAAUAGAGUCCAUGCGUUUGGAGAAGCAGAACAUUCCACAAGCACUCAAGAUCAAGGUCAACCAACGCUUCCGCAAUUACCAGACCGACGUGGAUGCUGCAGGACGGAAACUCAAAGGCAUGCAGGACGAUAGAUCAGCGCUCUUCGGCAAGCGAUACACCGACAAUCCACAGGAUGAGCAGCUCGAGCAGAGGCAGCAGCUUCUGGGAGGCACGGAGAGGUUAGAGCGGUCGAGCGGCAGGCUGCGGGAGAGUCAGCGCAUCGCGAACGAGACGGAGGAUAUCGGUCGGAACACAUUGGGAGAUCUCGCGAGGCAGAGGGAGACGAUUGAGCACACCAGGACUACGUUGCUGCAGAGCGAGGGUUACACGGACAGGAGCAAUAAGACCCUCAAGGGCAUGGCACGAAGAAUGGCAACAAACAAGAUCAUCACAGUGGCUAUCAUUGCGGUUUUGGUGAUCUUGAUCCUCGCUGUCAUUAUCAGCAAGUUUAGAUGA